AUGGAUGCCCAGUUUCAUCGUACUCGGCGCCUCCCGUCCUUCGUCCCUUCAUCGCUCGUCGCUCGUCGCUCGUCGCCGAUCGCCAGGGGCUACCGUCGCUUCGUCAACGCGCGCGACGCCACGGGGUUCACGGCGCUGCAUCUAGCGGCAGCGGCGGGUGCGGAGGGCGCGGUGCGCGUGCUACUGCGGGAGGGCGCGGCGGUCAGCAUCACGACGGCGUCGACGGGCCACGCUCCCGGGAACCACGCGCUGCACAUGGCCGCGCGGAGCGGGAGCGUGGGGACGGUGUUGGCGCUGCUGGCGUGGGGCGCGGACAGAACCGCGCUCAACCACUCCAAGCUGACGCCGCACGCCCUGGCGGUGCGCGCGGAGCGGGAGCGCGGAUGGAAGGCGCGCGCGGAAACGGGGAAGAACGCGCUCGCGGAGAAGGGGGUGCGCGCGGAGAGGCGAGGGAGUGGACGCGCGGGCGGGGGGAAGAGCGGCGCCGGUGGUGCCAGCGCCGGCGCCGGCGGCGUUCCCCCACGCUCCGACUUCAAGCGCGUGGUGGCGCUGCUGAACCCUAAGUCCCCCGCGCCCCUGGUGUGGCCCUCCCCCUGGGCGCAGCUGCUCGCGCGCGCGCCCCCGCACGUGGUCUGGCUGCUCCGCGCUGCCCUGGCGCAGGCGGGGGGAGAGGAGGCGGAAGAGGCAGGUGGAGUGGGGCAGCAGGUAGAAAAAGGAGAAACGGAAGGGAUGAAGGGUAGCGGCGUGAAGAGGAGGGAGGAGGGGGUGUGUGAGCAGUUGGGCGGCAUUCAUGGUGGCGGUGGCAGCGGUAGCAGAGGCGGCAGAUGCUGUGUGGUUGGUGAUGGUGGUGGGGAUGUCGUAAGAGAGGGUUGGGUGGAGGGCGGGAGGAGCGGCAGUAGAGGCAUGGGCAUGGGUGCUGGCAUGGGUGGGGAGGUCGGUGAGGGGAGAGGGGCGCAUGAAGCGAGGCAGCACGUGGUAGAGCAGUCUGCAGUGGGGAUUGGAGAGGCGGAGAGCAGGAAUGGAGAGGGGAGUGCAGGGCACGGCUCCAGUGGGGAUGGGGCUGGGAGGACGAGAGAGGAGGAGAGGAAGGAAGGGGAGGGUGGGGAGUGUGGGAGGGUUGAUAGAGAGACGGGAGAUGGUGUGGGUGUGGAGUCGCCUAUAGGGAGGAUGUUUGAGUUGGAUCAAAAGAGAAUGAAGGAAAGACAGGGAGGGCAGGGAGGGGAGGCGGGAGAGGGAGGGGUGAGUGGUGGUCUGAAGCAGGACGGGUGUGUGGGAGGAGGGGGAUUGGAUGGGGAGGUGGAAGAAGGAAGCGCAGGGGAGGGGGGAGAAGGAAGCGCAGGGGAGGGGGGAGAAGGAAGCGCAGGGGAGGGGGGAGAAAGCACAGAGAUGGGGAGCAGACAGGGCCGCGCAGAGAGGGCGGAGCAGCAGGAGGGCAUGGUGGGGCAACAGUCAGAGGACACAGCGGGGGAACAGGAGGGACACAAUCAGAGCGAGUUGGCAAGGAGGACAACACAGGAGCAGGAAGGAGUGGUAGCACAGGAAACGGAACAGGCGGGAGAGAGAGUUAUGGUGCGGGAGCAGGUGGGGAGGGUGGAGGAGGGACGGCGGGAUGGAGAGGCGGCGGUGGGGGGCGGUGGGAGUCGAAGGGGGAGUGGAGGGGAGGCCGAUGGCAGUCGGGCAGGGCAGCAGCAGCACCACUACUAG